CAAGAAGACUUCCCUGUCUCCAGGCCUUUGUGUCCUCUUAGGAGGAGCCAGUGAAGGGGCCCAGCAUGCAGAAUCUCAAGACAGAACUCACUACCCAAGGGGCAGCCUGCUGACUGAUGUUUGUGCUGGUGAGAGAGCUGAUGAAGGAGGAGGGGAAGAGAGACCGCAGGAGAGAAGGGUGAUCCUCCAGGCUGCUGUGCAGAGAGCAGGAGGCCGGAUGGCGACAGUAGGCAUCUUGACUGGACUGGAUACAGCCUGGCUCAUCCGUAUCCAUCAGGAAGAAGCUAUGCCCCAGACAUCUGUGGUCUUCUCCAGCAUCCUUGGGCCCAACUGUAACAGACAGGUGCAGCCCGGCAUGGGGGAAAGAGGAGGUGGAGCCAGCAGCGGCUCCAGGGACCUCAUUUUCCAAGAUGGACGCCUCACUUCUGGAUCCUUGGAGGCCCUGAUGGAGCACCUGGUCCCAACGGUGGACUAUUAUCCUGAUAGGACAUACAUCUUCACAUUUCUCCUGAGUUCUCGAGUCUUCAUGCCCCCUCAUGACCUCCUGGCUCGAGUUGGGCAGAUCUGCCUGGAGCAGAGGCAACAGCUGGAGGCUGGGCCUGAGAAGGCCAAGCUGAAGUCCUUCUCUGCCAAGAUUGUGCAGCUGCUGAAGGAGUGGACAGAGGCCUUCCCUUAUGACUUCCAGGAUGAAAAGGCCAUGGCUGAGCUAAAGGCCAUCACACACCGUGUGACUCAGUGUGACGAGGAGAAUGGCACAGUGAAGAAGGCCAUUGCCCAAAUGAUACAAAGCUUGCUGCUGUCCCUGGCUGCCCGAAGCCAGCUCCAGGAGCUUCGAGAGAAGCUCCGGUCACCAGUUGUGGACAAAGGGCCUAUCCUCAAGGCCAAGCCACCAGCCGCCCAGAAAGACAUCCUGGGUGUGUGCAGUGACCCCCUGGUGCUGGCCCAGCAGCUGACUCACAUCGAACUGGAGAGGGUCAACAGCAUCCGCCCUGAGGACCUGAUGCAGAUCAUCAGCCACAUGGACUCCUUGGACAACCACAGGUGCCGAGGAGACAUGACUAAGACCUACAGUCUAGAGGCCUAUGACAACUGGUUCAACUGCUUGAGCAUGCUGGUGGCUACAGAGGUGUGCCGGGUGGUAAAGAAGAAACACCGGACCCGCAUGCUGGAGUUCUUCAUUGACGUGGCCCGAGAAUGCUUCAACAUCGGCAACUUCAACUCCAUGAUGGCCAUCAUAUCUGGCAUGAACCUCAGUCCAGUGGCACGGCUGAAGAAAACGUGGUCCAAAGUCAAGACAGCCAAGUUUGAUGUCUUGGAGCAUCAUAUGGACCCCUCCAGCAACUUCUGCAACUACCGGACAGCCCUGCAGGGGGCGACACAGAGGUCCCAGACAGCCAACAGCAGUCGCGAGAAGAUUGUCAUACCUGUGUUCAACCUCUUUGUGAAGGACAUCUACUUUCUGCACAAAAUCCACACCAACCACAUGCCCGAUGGGCAUAUUAACUUCAAAAAAUUUUGGGAAAUUUCCAGACAGAUCCACGAGUUCAUGACAUGGACACAGGUAGAGUGUCCCUUUGAGAAGGAUAAGAAGAUUCAGAGUUACCUGCUCACGGCACCCAUCUACAGCGAGGAAGCUCUCUUCAUCGCCUCCUUUGAAAGCGAAGGUCCUGAGAACCACAUGGAGAAGGACAGCUGGAAGGCGCUCAGGACCACUCUCCUUAACAGAGCCUGAGGAUACAGCCUGCAGAUGCUGGAUGAAACAUAACAAACGAACCAAGUUCAAGUGGUGAUAGAUGUGGGAUGAGAGAGGAGGAGGCCUCACUGGUUGGGGUCCAUUUUGUAUAUAACUUUUAUGAAAAAGAAAAUGGUAAUUAUUCCAUGCAUCAGCCUUUGGCACUUACGAAGUUUUUUUUCUUUCGUUGUUGUUAUUUAUUUUAAACAGGGCAGGGCCCUGUUUUCGGGGAGGGGCGGGAAAGAGUAUCAUGGGAGAUGGUAACCAUGGUAACAUCUUAUUCUAAUGAAAUGUAGAUUUUUAUUUUCUACUUUUGAUGAUUAACAUCCUAUGAAAAAAAAUUUAAAAUAACCCAACCAAAACCAAUGUGAGCCCUGCCUGCUCGGACGCCUUUCCAGCCAGUGUCUCUGAUGUUGGGGUUAGUGCCUUACAGGGUGCUGGGGGUCCAGUCUUCCUGUUCCAUUGUCGGAGCUGCAGCCAGCUCUGUCCUGUGCCGCAAGGAGCCCACCCUCAGCAGCCUGGGCCACCAGGUUCCCACAGGAAGGGCUGGAGUGGCCAGGAGGUCUCGUGUGCACACUUCUGGAAGGGAACCUUUACAUACGGGCUUUCCAAAGUUUACAUUUUCAUUUUCCUUUAUCAGGGAUUUAUGGGGUUGGGAGGGGCAAGGGGAUGCCUGACAGCAUAUUUUCCGUGAGAAUAUGUUUGGCAAAUUGUUCUUCAAUUGUGUUUUAGAAGAGAGAAAAAUCUAUGACUGUAUAGGGAGGGUACCAUAGCAUCGUGAGUCUCCCGGGCUGCACCUGAGCCGCGGUGCUGCGGUGAAGAAGGCGGCAUCUGAAGCUGCCACACAAAGGCAAGGAAAGCAAAGUGAGUGUGUGGCAGACGCCCCCCCUCUGGUAGGAGGCCCCCCAUGGGUAAUCUGAAACUCAGACAGUUAGCCAGGCAGCCCCCCAUGCUGGAGCACUUCCAGAUCAACCUGUCCAACACGGAGCGGUGUAGUUCUGAUCCAAACAGGGGAGUGUGGUUCAUCUUCCAUGUCUGAUUCCCUGGCGUGAACUCUGGAUCUUACUGGUCAUGGGUGGGAUGACUCUGUCCCUCCGACAGCUGGAGAUAUCUGCACUGAUUUGUUUGGCUUGGGUGGGAGCGUCUGUCAAGAAGCCCGGUAUGGAAUGCUUGGUCCCACUCCCAGAGCUUCUGUGGACAGCCUGGAGAUGGCCAGCCAGGCCAUAGGGAGGUGGGCUAGGUGGCCACCCUCAGCCUUGGGGAACAGAGUAGUUACACUGUAUUGUCACAGUGUGCUUGCACUUUUCAGACCUUCUAGCUAGUACAGAUUGUAUAUUGAUAGUACAUAUUGAUUUGUUUAUGUCUUUGAGAUAAAGGCUGGACACUUGAGAAUAUAUAUUUGGAAUAUAAUGUUAGAACAUUUUCUGUACAUGUGUUAAGGGCCUUCAGUCCACGUGUGCUUUGGGGUCACCGGUUCUAGUACCUUUUUGAGAAAGUGUCUACAUUGCUAUUUCAUUGCCCCCAUUGGAUACAUCCUUCAUUUGAUGUUUUGGUAUUUGGAGCUGAUCUCUGAGUAUAACGCUGUACCAUAUGCAGGAUGUCAGUUGUGGUGUGACUGGAUGUACUUGCAUCAAUAAAAGAACAUGUUGAUCUUC